GAAAAAGGGCGGGCAGCCAGGUUGCAUGGUCCCAGAGUGAUUAAAAGGCCAACGCGGUGUCUCUGGGAUUCGUUCCUGCGCCCUGCCUCACCACCUCUCUGGGAGUUCGUCCUGUGCAGUCUCACCAAUCUCACUCACCCCCAGUGGGAAAAAAGGAGCAGGCACACAAAGACAGGGAAAAGAAGAAUUCCCCGAUUGAUUGCCACCUCAAUCUCUCUUCUCCCACUCCCACCCACCGCAGAUAAUUGGCACAGUCUCCUGUUUGGGCCAUACUCCAGGAUCCUGGGUGCCCGCCGGAGAGUUGACCCCGACGCCCUCGAGGGCCUUCCCUCCCGCCUUAGCGCCAUCACACUUCCCACGAGUCCACCUUGUUCCUUGCCCUUGUGCCUGUCGAGUCUCGAGGGCCCAAAGUCAAAUCACAUCCAGAGUCAGGACCAGUCGCGGCGUUGUUUCUGCGCUUCAUCUCCUGCCUGUCCUACUUUUCUUCCAGACUCUUCCUCACACCUUACCCCCAUUCUCAGACACGCCAAAACUCGACCACUUCUCGAACUGUCACUCUCCUUUGAUCUUGACAGCGACAAUAGGGUCAUCAACGAUCCUGUUUCUUCACGCAUCGGCGCCUCCCCGGUCUCGCCCAAUCCUCGGACCCCAUUCCUUGUCACUCGAACUGCCCUCUGCGCAGUCCGGCUGUUAAUAUGAAAAAGAAGGCCUUAGCACAGUUACGACGGACGACACAACUGUACUUGGAAAGGUAGACAAGGAUUUCAGUCACCAGAGGGCUCUGCUCCCAUGGAGCCGCCUCCUCCUCCGCCACCGCCGCAUGGCUCAAAUCCUCAAGGCGGUGGCAGGUCUGGAGGUCUCCCUAACGGCAAAUACGACAUUUUUGUCAUCCCUCCGCAUUCCUCGGGCUCGGGCUUCCUCUACCUCCCUUCGCUCCAGACACACCGCAACUCCUUCCUGGCCGGAGUCUUCUGCACAGCAGCCUCCUUCUUCAUCUACUACACCGCCGUGCCCGUUGUCAAGGAAUGGCUAUUGAGUACCAUCAAUAGCGGCGGCACAGGCGUCUUCACGCUCAUCUGCGGUGUUGCAGUUGUGGCUUGGGCAUUUGGCAAGACCCAAAGUGAAUGGCAAAGCUACCCCGGAUUUAAUCGCGGAGGGUCUAAUGCGAGUUCAGGUGGUCCAGGCCAUAGUAGCUAUGGCAACACUGGAUCUUAUACACAAUCAGGGCCUCAACCGAGCGCUCAAUCCCCUCCACCCCAUCCUCCAAAUUCGGGAGCCAACGGUGCUCCUCCGCCUCCGCCAAAUCACGGAACGAGCAGCCCUCCCCCACAGUCAUCGUGGCAGAGGCCGCCACCCCAGGCCAACACCAAAGCCAACACAACUGGUGCCAAGUCGAGCUGGGAGAAGGCGCGAGAAGAGACGAGGAAAAGAGAGGAAGAACGCAAACGUGCCGAAGAGCUGAAAAAACGGAGGGAGGAAUUGGAGAAGGAAAGGCAGAAACAGAAAGACGAGCUGGAGAAGGAACGGCAGAAACAGGAACAACUAGAAAAGGAGCGGCAGAAGCAGAAAGAAGAUCUAGAGAAGGAGCUCCAGAAGCAGAAGGAAGAACUAGAGAGGGAGCGUCAGAGGCAGAAAGAUCAACUGGAAAGGGAACGUUUGAAGCUGAGAGAAAAAGAGUUGCUGGAAAGACUUGAGCGUGAGCGCAAGGAGAAGAAAGAGCGUGAAGAAAAGGAGGCUGCUGCAAAGGCUGCCGCCGCCGCCGCCGAACAAGCGAGACAGGAGCAGGCUGGUCGAAGCCCUCCUAAACGCCCACCGAUGCCGACUGCGACCACGGAACGAGACGACGACGCAUACUCCUUUAGACCUUAUGACCGACCCAAACGAACACACAAAGCCAAUUCUGCGGCUUCGAUGUACUCGGAGUCAUCGUACGCCCCGUCAGAGAGCACCGCCAAAACCACACCACCUCCUUCGAUGCGCGGACCGUACUCGACCAAGGACCCUGACAAGAUUAUCAUCAAGGGCGUCUUUUCCUUCAACAAUGCAUUUAUGCGAACCCCAAUUUCCCAGUUGGUAUCUGGACAAGGUAAUGUCACCGACGGAUUGAUCUUGCGCAUCACCACCGAGGGUCUAUUCAUCGACGACGACGUACGAGGAGUGCCGCAGCGCGAGUGGGAUGUUAAGGCCUGGACGAUGAAGCUGGCAGAGAGCUGCGAACUGUCCGGUCUCCACGUUCUCCGCGCGAGCAUACGCGACCAAGAAGGCAAGAAGUACGUCUUUAUUCUGUCUCAAUCCGAAGGCUGGAAAGUUGCGGUUGGUCUUCAACGACUAAGAAGAGGUACGCAAGUCCGUGCGCUCGGCGUUGCCGGGUUGCCGAUGAACGAGGCGAAGGCAAUUCUGGAGAAUCUGGGAUUUGUCUAGAGUCUGGACGAUUGAUAAACCGAAGUCGGCGGGUUGCCAGUCUCCUCUUACUGGCGGACUAAGAAGAUAAUGGUGCUGUGAAAGGGAACCCCAUUGAUUUGAUGAGCGUGCAUGUUGUGAUUUCGUCCAAAAGCUCUCUGCACAGUGUUGGAUAUGCUUCGGUCAAUGAAGCUUCAGAGUUUUCAGCAAAGAUCGAUUGAGCGAGAUUAGCGAGUCGAGUUCCAAAUGCAUCAGCGAGGGAGUUUCACACUGGGUACUGGACUGUACAUUCAUUCACAUGCAGAUAUCCCCCACAAGUAUCGUCGUUGGACAAUGAAAGCUUUGAGACCCUGAGGAUUGGUUCGGAAAUCAUUGGUAUGAACACCCGAUCUUUGAUCUUUCUCGCAAUGAUCAAAUCAUCUCC